AUGGCACCAAUUGGCGAUGAUGCCUCGCAGACCCUCCAUGACUUGGUCAACAAACUCGAGUCGAGGGUCAAGGAGCUCGAAGACAAGCUUGCGCAUGCGGCUGGUGGCCCAGCACCAUCUCCUCCUGAGAGCGUCAGAAUGAUUCUUAUGGGUCCUCCAGGUGCCGGCAAGGGAACUCAAGCGCCCAAGAUCAAGGAGAAAUUCUCAUGCUGUCAUUUGGCUACUGGAGAUAUGUUGCGAUCACAAGUUGCGAAGAAGACACCACUGGGCCGGGAAGCCAAGAAGAUUAUGGAUCAAGGUGGUCUCGUCAGCGAUGAAAUCGUUAUUGGCAUGAUCAAGGCCGAACUUGAGGGCAACUCAGAGUGCAAGGGAGGAUUCAUUCUUGAUGGUUUCCCACGUACAGUUGUGCAAGCAGAGCGCUUGGAUGCCAUGCUUGCAGAGCGCAACCAAAAGCUACAACACGCAGUUGAACUUCAAAUUGACGAUAGUCUUCUUGUAUCCCGCAUUACUGGACGUUUGGUGCACCCAGCCUCAGGCCGAUCGUAUCACAGAGUAUUCAACCCACCUAAGACAGACAUGAAGGACGAUAUCACUGGUGAACCAUUGGUCUCAAGAUCCGACGACAAUGCCGAAUCUUUGAAGAAAAGACUUGUUACCUACCACGCUCAAACUGCCCCUGUUGUUGGUUAUUACCAAAAGACCGGAAUCUGGAGUGGAAUUGACGCUUCACAAGAGCCCGGCGCCGUUUGGAAGUCACUCUUGGGUGUAUUUGACAAACAAAAGGGUGCCAACGGUUCGAUACUUAGCAAAAUUACCGGUCGCUCUUAG